AUGACGCUGCUGCAGCCGCUCUGGUCCGUCCUCUUGGGACACGCCUCCGUCCUGCGCUCACCUGUCUUCCCUGUCGUCUUCUCUCUGUCUGUCUACCUGUCCUUCUGUCUUCCCUUCGUGCUGCUCGACCUGCUGUCCUCCAGGUGGGCCCUGGUGCGCAGGUACAAGCUGCAGCCGGAGAGCUCCGUCAGCUGGGCCUCAGUGCGGAGCUACUUGAUGCUGACGCUCUGUAACCACCUACUUUUCAUUCUGCCGCUCACCGUGCUGUACUCUUACCUGCGGCCCCUCCCACUGCCCGAGGAGGCCCCGCCCCUCCCCCGGCUGCUCGCUCAGGUGUUCGUUUGUCUCCUGCUCUUCGACUUCCAGAGCUUCACCUGGCACCUGCUGCACCACAGGGUCGCCUGGUUGUACCACAACUUCCACAGGGUGCACCACACCUCCAGCUCCACCUCUGCGCUCACCACACAGUUCUCCGGAGUCUGGGAGACUCUCAGUCUCGGCGUCUUCGCCGCCGCCACUCCGGCGCUGCUGGGCUGCCACCCGCUCACCGAGCUGAUGUUCUUCCUGGUCAACAUGUGGCUGUCGGUGGAGGACCACUGCGGCUACGACCUGCCCUGGGCCACGCACCGCCUGGUACCACUGGGGCUGUACGGCGGCGCCCGCCACCACCACCUCCAUCACCUCAAGUCCAAGUGCAACUACGCUCCCUACUUCACACACUGGGAUCUUCUGGCAGGGACUCUGAUGAACUGAUGAUGAAGAUAAACUGA